AUGGGCACGCACACGCCGCCACCGCAGGACCUUGCGAGCGAUGGCGGCGGCCCGCACGUGCUUCUCGUGCCGUACCCGGCGCAGGGACACAUGCUCCCGCUCCUGGACCUUGCGGCGCUGCUCGCCGCGCGCGGCCUCGCGGUCACCGUCGCCGUCACGUCCGGCAACGCCGCGCUGCUCGCGCCGCUGGUCCGCGCGUUCCCGUCCGUGGCCGUGCUCUCGCUGCCCUUCCCGUCGUCGCCGCUGCUCCCGCCGGGGAGCGGCGAGAACACCAAGGACCUCCCGCGCCACCUCUUCCGGCCCUUCAUGGCCUCCCUCGCGGCGCUCCGCGCGCCGCUCCUCGCCUGGUGCAACGAGCAGGGACGGCACGGCCGCCGCGUGACGGCCGUCGUCUCCGACUUCUUCACGGGGUGGACACAGCCGCUGGCCAAGGAGCUGGGCGUGCCGCACGUCACCUUCUCCCCCUCCUGCGCGCUCCACCUGGCCAUGUCGCACGCCCUCUGGCGCAGCCCGCCGACGAGGCGGCGGCGCCCCGAGGACCCCGACGCCGACGACGAGGCGGUCACGUUCCCGGAGGUCCCCGGCUCGCCUACCUUCCCGUGGCGCCACCUGUCCGGGCUGUUCCGGCAGUACGCGCCCGGCGACGAGGUGUCCGAGGCGAUCCGGCAGCUGUUCCUCUGGAACCUGGGCAGCGCGUGCUUCGUCGCCAACACGUUCGCGGCGCUGGAGGCGGACUACGUGACGCGGCCGCUCCCGGACCUGGCGUCGAAGCGGGUGUUCGCGGUGGGCCCGCUGUCGGACGCCGGCGGCGCGGCCACGUCCACGUCGGGCGGCGACCGCGGCGGGAAGCCCGCCGUGGCGGCGGCGCGGGUGGCCGCAUGGCUGGACGCGUUCCCGGAUGGCUCCGUGGUGUACGUCAGCUUCGGGACGCAGCAGGCGUUGUCGGCGGCGCAGGCGGCGUCGGUGGCGGACGCGCUGGCGCGGAGCUCGGCGGCGUUCGUGUGGGCGGCGAGGGCGGGCACCGUGGUGCCCGACGGGUUCGAGGCGCCACGCAGCGUCGCGAAACUGGUGAUCCGCGGUGGGCGCCCGCGGUGGAGGUCUUCGCGCCACCGCGCCGUGGUUUGGUUCUGA